AUGCGGCUCUUACAGUACAGCGAAAGCGGAGAGCUCAGCAUCCACAGCUUCGACGAUGGCGACAUACCCCCUUACGCGAUACUCUCACACACCUGGGGCGCAGAUGGCGACGAGGUGACCUUUGCAGACCUCCAGGCAGGCGGCGGCAAGACAAAGCCGGGCUAUAAGAAGAUCGUCUUCUGCGGAGAACAGGCACGGCGCGACAGCCUCCAGUACUUCUGGAUCGACACGUGCUGCAUCGACAAGGCUAACAAGGCUGAACUUGCCUUCUCCAUCCGAUCAAUGUUUCGCUGGUACCGCGAUGCAGCUCGGUGUUAUGUAUAUCUGUCGGAUGUUUGGAAAAGGAAGAGGAAAGCCUGCGACAGAGCUGCUAGGCUUAGCUGGGAGCCUGCUUUUAGGUCGAGCCGGUGGUUUAAGCGUGGCUGGACUCUUCAAGAGCUUCUUGCUCCAGCUAUAGUCGAGUUCUUCUCGCAAGAAGGAGAGAGUCUUGGUAGUAAGACAUCAUUGCAGACAAUGAUCCACGAGAUAACUAGCAUUCCGUCCGAAGUGCUCAACGGGGCCCCGCUUUCUCGGUUUAUCAUUAACGAGCGGUUGAGGUGGGCAGAAGGCCGGAAGACUAGGCGCGACGAGGAUAAAGCAUAUUGCCUGCAAGGCAUCCUCGAUGUUGAGCUAGCGCCGUUAUAUGGCGAGGGCGAGGCCGGCGCGUUCAAGCGUUUAAUAGACGAGGUCGACAAGCUAGAACGAUGCAUUCAAGACAUACGCCAAACAGAUCCGUGCGAUGACAAGAAGCGCAUUGAGGACACCAAAGGUGGACUGCUAGCAGACUCCUACCGCUGGAUCCUCGACAACACCACGUUCAGGCAGUGGCAUGAGGACCAACACAGCGGACUGCUCUGGGUGAAAGGCGAUCCUGGCAAAGGCAAGACGAUGCUGCUGUGUGGUAUUAUCGACGAACUGCAAAACUUGACGCCGAAACCUACCCUUAUAUCAUACUUUUUCUGCCAAGCGACCGACACGCGCAUUAAUAGUGCCACAGCUGUGCUACGGGGCUUGCUGUACAUGCUUGUGCACCGGCAGCCGUCGCUUGCAUCGCACGUUCGCAGGAAGCACGACCACGCCGGCAAAAGCUUGUUCGAGGACGCGAACGCCUGGGUCGCCCUGACAGAAAUCUUCGCUGACGUGCUGCAAGAUGCAGGCCUAGGCACAACGUGCCUAAUUAUUGACGCGCUCGACGAAUGCGCGACAGACUUACCAAAAUUGCUCAGUUUUAUCGCGAAGCAGUCGUCUGCGUCCUCUCGUGUCAAGUGGAUCGUAUCUAGUCGCAACUGGCCAGAUAUUAAGGAAGAACUGGAGCGUGCUGAGCACAAAAUGAGGCUCAGCCUUGAGUUGAACGCCGAGUCGGUGGCUGCAGCAGUAGAUGUGUUUAUCCGGCAGAAGGUGUGUCGCCUAGCCCAAGAGAAGCGCUACACGCCAGAGGUGCAAGACGCGGUGCUCCAGCACUUAAUGUCGAACGCGAACGACACUUUCCUCUGGGUUGCGUUGGUGUGCCAAGACCUCAAAGCGACGCCAAAGUGGGACGUGCAAGAGAAGCUAGCCCAGUUUCCGCCUGGUUUAGACUCACUUUAUAGGCAGAUGCUAGACCAGAUACGCAAGUCUAGUAGCGCUCGAAGAUGUCUGCGGGUGCUAGCAGUAGCUGCUGUCCUAUAUCGACCGGUCACAGUUAGCGAGCUAGUUAUAUUAACUAAGCAACUUACAGACCUUGUUAAUGAUCUAGAGUCCGUGCGGGAGAUCGUUGGUCUCUGCGGAUCAUUCCUAACGCUGCGAGACGAUACGGUGUACUUUGUGCAUCAAUCAGCUAAGGACUUCCUUGUUACAAAAGCGUUAAACGACGUCUUUCUAGACGGUAUAGAAUGUGUGCAUCAAGAUAUCUUCGCGAAAUCACUUGCAAUUCUGCACGAGACACUACGUAGAGAUGUAUACAACCUUCAAGCGCCUGGAUAUGCUAUAGAAGACGUUAAGCCACUUCUUCCCGAUCCUCUAGCCGUGUCGCACUACCCAUGUGUGUACUGGGUUGACCACUUCUGCGACUCGAAACCUAGUGCUACUAAUCAAGAAAUCACUACAGCUAUAGACGUGUUUCUUAAGCAAAAAUAUCUCUACUGGCUAGAAGCGCUUAGUUUGUGCAGAAGCAUGGCCAAAGGGGUAGUCUCGAUGACAAGGUUAUGGGAUCUAGUCCAGGGACUUAGAGACACGGACGUAUUGAAUAAGAUCGUGUACGAUGCACGACGGUUUAUUAUGUAUCAUAAGGAGGCGAUCGAGAACUAUCCUUUACAGGCAUACGCAUCUGCUCUGCUGUUCAGUCCAGCUGAUAGCAUAGUAAGAAGGCUGUUCCAGCACGAAGAGCCUAGGGGAGUAGCCGUCAAGCCAGCUAUGAGCAACGGCUGGAGUGCGUGCCUGCAGACGCUCGAGGGCCAUAGCGAUCGGGUUAACUCGGUGGCCUUCUCGCACGACUCGACCCGGCUAGCGUCAGCGUCUUUGGACAGCGCUGUUAAGAUCUGGGAUGCGAGCAGCGGGACGUGUGUGCACACGCUCGAGGGCCAUAGCAGUAUU